GUGAUUUAAUAGAACAAAUAAACGCCGCAAAGCAACAAAAGAAGACAGAUAUUUUAGUGGGAAUUGAGCUUCUUGCCAUAUCCUGCAAAAUGGCUUCUUAUUCUAUCAUAACUCCUACAUUCAGUUGCUUGAAGAAGAGCUCAGUUUCUAGUUUAUUUGAUUGGAAAUUUGGCAAAAAACCAGCUGAUCCAAAGCCGUCCCCCAUUUACCAUGACGUUGAUCUUCCUUUCUCACCCUCUCUGCUUGACAAAACCUUCUUAAGAGGCAGGGAACUAAAAUGCUGCUAUAAGGCAAGCAUAGAUGGAUUUAGCGCCACGAGAUUCCACGAAUGCUGUGAUUUCAAGGGGCCAUGUGUGAUAAUUGGAUACACAAACCAAUCAUUCAAGUUUGGUGGAUUUAACCCAGAAGGAUAUAGAAGUACAGAUGAUUACUACGACACCUUUGAUGCCUUUCUGUUUUACUGGACAGCAACAAGAUCAGAAGAAGAAACCGAACCAAUUUUGCUUCCUAAAGUAGGAGGAAGUGGUGCAGCCCUCUUUGAUUACGCUCGAGGAGGGCCACAGUUUGGGGCAGAUGGGUUGCUCAUUGGACCGCCAUUAUCACCUGUCAUGGGAGGUUUUGCGGGGCCUGAUACUAAUUCAGGCGUUGGUGAUUUGAGGCAAGCCAAGUCAAGGUUAGGUUUGUCAUAUGCCAAGAGACCAGAUGGGAGAGUUUCCAUUUUCGGAGAUGAGUCCAGAGCUACUCUCCAACAAAUUUUAGUCUUCUGCAGUUCUCAAAUUGCAGCUCUAUACUAAUCAUAUUCUUUCUAUAUAUGUAUAUAUAUAGGAAUUCUAAUUGUAUAAGUUCAUGGGAAUGGAGCCUAUAAGCUAAAAAAGCAAUCUUUUCUUACGCCAAAUAAAAAUAGUAAAAAAUAUUGUAGGCAUCAGCCGAAAGGC